AUGCCUCCUCCCGUUCAAUCAGCUUACAAGCGAGUUGCCCAGCCCAAGGUCGGCGAGAACGGAUAUCAAGAGUGCCGAUGCGGCAAAUCCGAAGUCCUACCCGCCGGCUGGAAUGGCUUCAACGCAAAGCCCUUGAAGUCCGAUACCCGUAUCGACCACGAUGUUGAAAUUGUCAUGCGAGAUGGAGUCCGCCUCUACGCAGAUGUCUAUCGACCAGCUAAUUCGACUGAAAAGAUCCCUGCUGUGCUAAGCUGGUCGUUCUACGGGAAGAAGUACAGCGCCCUUGAUAUGCUCCCAAUGUGCGUUUGGAAAUGCUGUGUCCCACCAUCCGACCUGAGUGGCUUAGAGAAGUUCGAAGGUCUCGACCCCGAGGCCUGGUGUCCUCGCGGGUACGCAAUUGUCAGCGUCGACACCCGCGGCGCAGGCCACAGCGACGGCCAGAUUUGCGUGAUGGGUACACAGGAUGCUGAGGACGGAUACGAUGUUGUGGAAGCUCUCGCACAGAUGGAUUGGUGCAAUGGGAGUGUGGGCAUGGCCGGAAAUUCUGCACUUGCAAUCUCACAGUGGUUCAUUGCGGCCCAGCAGCCUCCGUCCUUGAAAGCCAUUGCGCCCUGGGAGGGGUCUGGUGAUCUCUUCCGAGAGCAGUUUUGUCGUGGUGGUUGGUUCUCUAUGAGCAACUUUGAUUUGAUUGCCAAGGCCAUUGUGCGAGGGCCGGAGAAUUCAGGCCUUGAGGAUUUCGAAGAAAUGUACCGUCGCUCGCCUGUGUCAAACCGAUUCUGGGAAGACAAGCGAGUAGAUAUGGCGCGAGUGAAAUGCCCUGUCUUUAUCCGAGGAUCGGAUGUCAGCUCCAUUCACACCAUGGGUUCUAUUCGAGGAUAUUUAGAGGUUCCUCAUUCGAACAAAUGGAUCCAAUGGGGUAGCAAGCAGGAGUGGUAUGAGUUGUACAGCAUACCAGAGUCUAUGAAUGAGCUAGGACUCUUCUUUGACCGAUAUCUGAAAGGAAAGGAUAACGCAUGGGAAAAAACACCCAAGGUUCGAUGGUCGGCACUGCAGUUUGGAGAUCGCGAGGCAAUCGACGACAUUGUUCUUGAGGAUUUCCCGGCUCCCACCACUGAAUACCGACGACUUUUCCUUGGAGACAACAAGAAGCUCACAGGAAGUGCUCCUUCAACCUAUCAGAAAAUCUCUUACGAUUCCGAAAACCGUCAUAGUGUCGGCGAGUUCAACUACACAUUUGAAAAAGCGAGCCGAUUGAUCGGACUGCCUAAAGCUGUGCUGUACAUGUCCUGCGAAGACCGCGAUGAUUUCACUGUCUUUGUGAUUUUGCGCAAGAAGGACAAAAACGGCAAAAACUUGAUGCAUCUCAACUUCCCAUUUCAUGCCACGCCGAUCAAGUCUAUCGAGGAGAUUCCAGACGCGGAACAGGCGAGUUUGAAUCUUCAUCUGGGGUCUGUGGGUAUACUGCGGGCCUCGCAUCGGGAGAUUGAUUCUUCCAGGAGUAUUCAUCCGCAAUUCCCCUUCCAUCCUCAUAAGCGGCAGGAUAAGGUGUCUCCAGGUACAAUUGUGAAGCUGGAGAUUGGCAUCUGGGCAAUGGGCGUGGAUUUUGAGGAAGGCGAGUCAAUUAGCGUGAGGGUUGGGGGUCAGUAUCCCAGCAUUGCCGAGUACAAAUCAUUCUCGAAUCCCAGACCAGAGCACGAGCUCAAUCGGGGCAGACAUGUCAUCCAUUGCAGCGAGGAAUACCCCAGCUCCGUCAUUCUGCCCUUCAUCUGAAGAAUGUAACUUGCGAAGAUAUUUCUUUGGGGAGUCUAG